AUGACUUGGGAGGAUGACUACAGAAGAGGUUGUAUGUUCUUUGAGCAGCGCGAAUACGAAGCUGCUCUAAAGUCUAUCAACAAAGCAGCCCGCGAAAAUAGGAAGAAUGGUGCCACUUUCUACCUAAGAUCUCUCGUAUUGGAACAGUUAAACCGCCAUCCUGAAUCUCUGAGGGACGUCCAGAAGGCCAUCAACCUCAUGACAGAGUCAGAGUCAUGGAAGGCAUACAGGCACUAUGCUGCGCUUCUUUCGAAGAUGGGUAGACUUGAAGAGUCUCUGAAAAUGGUAGAUAUGGCACCAGAACGUGCUGACGAGAACGACAAGAAAGAUGCAAUUCUGGUGGAUCUACGAGAACGAAUAAUGGAGGCACUUGAACCACGACCAUGCCAUUUCUCAAAGCUACCGGUGGAGAUGAGUACCGAAAUAUUCACUCUGGUCGUCGAUGGUGACAAUGCAAAUAUGCUCGCUCUCAGUCUCGUUUGCCGAGCCUGGCGAGACAUCGUCAUUGGGUCGUCACGCUUUUGGCGUAACCUUGUUUUGACGCCAAAAACAAGACUGAAGCAGGCAGAUACUUGGCUCCAACGUUCGGGGGGGGGGACAUUAACUACUCUACACAUCACUGGAGGAUUUUCGUUCAGCACUCGGCCUGGUAUGCUGAGGAGAGCUAAUCCCGAUGUAUGGUCAAGACUUGAGACAUUAAAAAUAUCUUCUCAAAACAGUCUUGGCUUUUCGUCUCUUCCUCCGAAGGUGGUCGGUCAACUACAACUAGUAAAUCUUAAAUUGGUUGUGGAUAAACUAGACAAUGUGACAUGGAUGGCCCUUGGUAAGAUGAAUAAGUCGCGUCUCCAGCGGUUCAUGCUGCACGCCGACGAUAGCGAAGUCAUGCCGAGCAUCGAUUUCUUUUGCACUUCUUUGACGACUCUCAAAUUGUGUUUACCAAUCACGGCAAAGAAUACACUCUUGAUCCUGAAGGGGACACCAAUGCUUGAGAGUCUGGUCCUUACAUCGUCCACAAUCCCAUACGAUCUUGGGCAAAUUGAUCCUGUUGAACUCACUUACCUCAGACGCCUUCGGCUCAAUCAUUUCGGGUACUCGAAUAAGUAUCUGCAAUACAUUCGUAUUCCGAACGUAACGGCGCUCACUAUAAUAUACAGUCGUGGUCGAUUGGUUAUACCACAAUAUGUAACAAAGCUUGAAUAUCUUCACCUUUCAUAUUGCGACCUCUCUGUUGCCGAUUUCGUCACUCUUCUUCGGACAUCAACGUCACUUAAAACACUUGAGAUUCCAUGGUGCAGAUUCCGUGAUGGUGAUGAAAAUGAUGUUCUCGAAGCAUUGGCGAGACCGUUGCCAACGGAGGAGAAACAGGGUACAUCUCGGAUGAUCUGUUGCCCACAGUUACAGGCUGUAAAUCUUUCUGGACUCCGUCGUCUAAAGGCAGAUCCGGUCGUUCUGCUUGUGAGAACACAUUUACAUGGAAUAGUGUCGCCACAUAACAAGCUCGAACUAACAUCUUCGUCAGAAGAUCCUCCGAUCAAGCUGCGUCGCAUCCUUACCUUGGUUCUUGAUGAUUGCCUGCCAUUCGAUCCUCCUACACUAUUUUGUCUCGAGGAAACUGUACCGCACUUCCGCUAUAAAGCCAGAUCCAUUUAG